AUGCAGAUAAGGAGCAGAUCCAGUGAGAGCACACAGAUGUCAGGCCCUCCAGGAAAACUUAAUCUGUGGUGCCUGCAGUUCGGUGUCAGAGUGAGCACAGGGCUGGAUCUGCAGAAGAGAAUCAUUGGAGGUCAAACAUGUGGACAAGAUGACCGUCUGUACCAUGUUGAACUGAAACUAACUUCUCGUAAAGGAAUAUUCUACUGCGGCGGUACUCUGAUAAAAAAACAGUGGAUUCUGACUGCAGAGCACUGCUGGGAGGAGGGAGGGACUAUAACAGCAAGUUUAGGUGGGCAUCCAGACAUCAACAAAAAAUCAGUGCAAACCAUCAAAAGACAUGAGAUCUUUACAGUUGCCAACAGAAAACAUGACAUCAUGCUGCUGGAGCUACCUAACCCACCUAACAUUACACCUGUACAACGUCCUGACUGUCCAAAUGUUCCCGGAAUGUGAGUCAUGACCUUUCAACUCUAACCCUGUCUUAAUAAGUCUGAAAGCUUAACUCAUGAAGAAACUACAAUUAGAAUACUCUCCACCACGGUUGUCAACUGUGAACCCGGGUUUUCUGACGCCCAACAACACGUGUUCUGUGGCAAAAGAGCUAGAGUGGAUGCUUGUCCAGGUGACUCUGGUUCAGGAGUGGUGUACAAUGGCAGGAUUUAUGGUGUCAUUUCCUCUGGUUAUUGCACUAAGAAAGGAACACAAGUUCAAUUUAUGGACGUCUGUAAUAAUGAUUACAUGGACUGGAUCAAUGGAAUAAUAACAUAG